AUGGCCCUCUCGCCUCAGCAACUACCAUGGGACGCACGAUCGAUCCGCUUGACAAAAAUUCCAAGCGGCCCGAGCUGCUCGACACGCUCCUCAAGUUCUAGACAAUUCUCAGGCCAACGGGUUGCAAUGCCUCAGGCUUUUUCAGUGGGUUCUACUCUGGCUGCCCUUUUGUGCCAAAGGCUGCGCGCAAAAAGGAGGCGCAGGCGACCACUGACCAGUCUUUUUGACGGCUUUUUGACGUCAGAGACCUACCAGACCAGUCUUCCAUCAGAGGUGAAGCUUGGAAAGCUCUUAACCUGGGCCCGGAAGCAAGACUCCAUGAAACUACAUCCAUGUUUGACCAUUGGUCAGUCCCAGCUGCAGCUUUCAGUACCGGUGGCGGCUGGCACACCCAUCAUUGGAGUUCUGGAAGAUGCAUUUCUGGGAAUAUCUGACGGACGUGAAAAACCAUGGCAGAGGAUUUCAGAGGCGGCCCGUAAUCAACAUCCUGAGUGGUGGUCGCUGCACCUGGGAAUCAAUGUCGUGAAGGAGUGCCUGUCCCCUUCGUCUGAGCUCUGGGAGGCCUACAUCAAAAGCGUAGCACCUCAACCUGCAUCGGCCCUUUUUUGGAGCCCACCACAGGCGCAGCAGCUGCAAGAUGCAAUCAUGAAGAAGAAACUUCAAUCUCGUAUCAAGGCAAUCCAAGACUUUCACAAAGAGGUUGUUGUCCCAGCUUUUGAUGAUGUACCUGCUCCAUCUGACUUUGAGGUGGCGCAGGGGAUCGUUACAGCAGCUUCACGAGGCAUAGAGGUGCGACCUGGCAGAAGAGCUUUGCUGCCCCUUUUGGACUUAGUAGGGCCUCCUGAGGCCACCGUGCUGGCGGGCACUCCGGCAGAGUCCAACUGCGAGCUACAGAUUGAAAGGAAAGGAGGGCCUGGCGGCAAAGACAUUGCCAUUCUCCUUGCUUCUCGAGACCUGAAGGAAGGCGAGAAACUCUGCCGGCCGAUGGAGAUCCCUCCUGAUGAUUUGUUGCUGGAUCACGGCUUGUCCACCACAAGGCCAGAUGAUGUCACAAUUCAUGUUGGCCUGAAGAAGGGUGUCGUACAGCCUUGGCAGCUGUCAACUCUUCGCAAAGUGAUGGAUCUUGCACCUGACAAUAAGCCUGGGGACUGGGUAGCAUCUGCCAAAGUCCGCAGGAGUUCUACGCUGAUAAAGACUUUCGAUCCGAAACUACUUGCAGCGGCCAGGGUCCUGAGCGGAAAAUCGCGAGAAGAUGUCCUUGGAGCUGAAUGGAAUCUGAUGUCAAACGAAGAGAUGCUCAAUUCGGGCUUAGAAGGGCUCUCUGCGACGCACCGCCGCCGAGCAUUGUGGGUGUUGAAGCAAGCAGUCGAGGGCGCGCUGGCAUCCUACGAGACCACCCUGACCGAGGAUGAGGAAGUUGUUCAGCAGCUUGAAGGGCGUGAACGUGCAGCACUUGCUUACAGGAUAGGCAAAAAACGAGUUCUGCAAGACGCGCGAGAGAAGCUGGAGAAGGCAGAUGAGAAGAUCCGGAUCAAGCGCGCACGACGAGAAAAGGAGUCCAGUUUGCCAACUGCGGUCACGGGCAAGAGAGCUUCCACUGCUGGCAUGGGGUUUGGCUGA